GCCGAAGGGAUAACCCUAGAAAUCCUUGCUUGAGAGCGGCGCUGCACAGCUUGCUCUGAACCAUCAGUCUCGUAUUUCGUCUCUCAGUUUUAAACGAUGUCGUCGAUUGGGGAACUUGCUUGCUCUUACGCUGCUAUAAUUCUUGUUGAUGAUGGCAUCUCGGUCACCGCUGACAAGAUUGCAGCAAUAAUUAAAGCUGCAAAAUUGUCUGUUGAAUCUUAUUGGCCAAACUUGAUUGCUAAGCUUGCUGAGAAGCGCAACCUUGAGGAUCUCAUAGCCAAUGUGGGAGCUGGUGGUGGUGCUGCUGCAGUUUCUGUAGCUGCACCCGCUGCUGGUGGUGGCGGAGGUGGUGCUGCUGCUCCACCUCCUGCUGAGGAAAAGAAGAAGGAGGAACCGGAAGAAGAGAGUGAUGAUGAUAUGGGAUUCAGCUUGUUUGAUUAGGAGCUCCUUUCAGUGUGUGAUUUGGUCGACUACUGGUUUAGUGCGUUAAGCUAUAACAGCAGUUACUGUUUUGAGUUUUAUUGUAUUGGUAUUAGUAUUUGUCUGUUGAUUAGAGGUACAUGUAUUCUUAAAUGAAGUGACACUGAGUAGUUGUUCCUUUUUGAGCAAUGUUAGAAUCUUUCUAUAUAUAUAAGUCUUCCUAGACUAAUUUUUGUCA